UCCAAAGGCAUCCUCUCCUACCUGUAGGCUUUGGUGGUCUGAUGACUUGGAGGGACUCUGGCCAUGGCUCAGAUCCUGCUUCUUCUGCUGUCAGCAGCUUGUCUGCACACUGGGAACUCUGCAGGAGCCAGCAGAGAAAAUGGUUAUGCGGUCAACCAACCAGCAAACCUCUCUGGGGUCCAGGGCGGAUCCAUCGAGAUCCCCUUCUCCUUCUACUUCCCCUGGGAGUUGGCCAAGGACCCAAAGAUGAGGAUAGUCUGGAGAUGGAAGGUCUUCCAUGGGGAAUUCAUCUACAACUCCACCCCGCCUUUCAUACAUGAGCACUUCAAGGACCGGCUCAUCCUGAACUGGACACAGGGACAGACAUCCGGAGUCCUCAGAAUCCUGACCUUGAAGGAAACUGACCAGGCCACAUACUUCUGCCGUGUUUUUCUGCAAACAACAAAAGGCAUGAAGAAUUGGCAGUCUAUUCCUGGAACCCAACUCACCGUGACACAUGCACUCAGCACCACCAUGAGGAGCCCCUCCACCAUCACCUCUGCAGUCACCACAGCUGGCCUGGAGGACACAGGGGGCCAGGGGAAUCCUUCCCUGCUCAACCUGGGAGCCAUGGUCGCAAUGGUCGUAGUCAAGGCUGUGGUCAUAAUCCCACUCUACGGACUGAUGAUCUUCCUGUGGUGGAGGCAAAGACCAGCUGGGAAUGAGAGGAGCCAAUGCAGAUGAACACAGAGCCUGCUCCUCAGGAAUUCAAGGAGGCACGCAGGGGC